AAGCGGCUCGUCAGUUGUCAGUUGUUACAUAUCGAUCAAGUUGAGCUGAAGACGAUUUUCCGGAGGCUACGUGUCAAAAAUGUACGCAAAACCUAGCGAGAAAAUUGACGACGAAGAUAACGGCUUCUCUUUUCACAAAGAGGAUAUUAAGUACAAUAGAUUUAGCACAGACGUGAAAACAUUUGAGUCUAUUCAUACCGAUCAAGUUGCUAAAGAUGUACAGAGGGAAGUGGAAUUUACCGUUUUAAAUGCUUGCAUGACAGGUUGCUUGAAAAGUAUAGAUGAUUAUGUUAAUGCAGGGCAUGAUAUUAAUGACUUUCUUCACACUGGUUGGACCCCACUCCUUUAUGCAUCAGCUUCUGUUCUACCAGAUGCCAUUGAAUAUUUGCUGACACUUGGUGCCGAUCCUAAUCGACAUAAAGAUGGAUAUACACCUCUCAUGGCUCUGUGUAAUUCAUCAAAAGAAUCAUCAGAGAAAUGGAUACAGUGCUUUCGUUUACUAAUUAAAGCAAAAGUUAACGUAAAUGCACGCAACAACCGAAUGGAAACACCAUUGAUGCUGGCAUGCAUGUCAAGAGGACUCGAGGAAAUCAAGGAAUUACUAUCUUAUGUACAGGACAUCGAGGCCCGUGAUCACGAUGAACGAACUGCUAUAUUUUAUGCUAUCAUUGCCAAUAAAUAUGAAGUGGUAAAGUUUCUUUUGGAAAGUAAUGCCAACAUUACAUGCAAAGAUAGACGUGGUCUGAGUCCAAAAGAUAUCGCAUAUACUAAGGAUUUUGAUAAGAUUAUAAAACUUCUUGAUUCAGAAGAUAAUACACAAGUCAUUUGUGAACUAACAAAUGACCAAAACUGGAAGUGUAUAUUUCCUGCACUUUGUGACAAGAACGAAAAAGCCACUAACUUUGACGUGAUCACUUUACUUUAUGGAAUGGGUUUCGAAAAAUAUAGAAGUCACUUCCAUGGAAUGGAUUUGAAGACUUUCUUGCACCUUCAAGAAGAGGAUCUCAUUAGGCUAGGAAUGGAUAUAAAAAUUCAUAGAAAGCAAUUUUUAGAGAACCUUUACAAGUUUCAUAUAAAAAAAUGGAGCAUACAGAGUAUCGGUACCAUUAAGAAAUCUUUGCCGUUCACAAUAUUCGAUGGUAUAAUAUCUUUAGGCAAAACAGCAAAACAGAUUAGCGUAAUUGGUUCCAGCUUUCGAUAUAUCAAAAAUAGUUUACAAAGAGCGAAAGAUGUUAAUCUAGAUCUUUUUGUGAUCAAAAAAUCUGAAUACAAUACAGAGCUAACGGAAUUGCAGCGAACUUUAAAGACAUUAAAAAAGGAAGUCUCUCAAAUGAAGACUAUUGCUGAAAAGAUUGACAAAAAUGCCAAGUGUAAAAUACCUGCAACCUACAUUGGUAAAAAGAAGUCAUACAAUUGGCCAGUCAUUUUAAGUGUCACUUUGAUCAUAGGAUUGUACUUAACAAAGACAACAUAUAUAAGAAGGUUAUGGAUCGAAUGAGACCUAAUGGUAUUUUUGUGUC